AGAGACGCCACACACCACACACACAAAGAAAAGCCUGCGGGCCAUUGAGAAAAAACGUGUGGAGUCGCAGGUCUCCGCGGGUUAACCUGGAGGUCCGCGGCGGAGAGCGUGUGUUUUACCACGGUUUACCACGGUUCACCACGGUUCUUUUUCUAGCGCAGCUGAGCUGCAGCAAUGGAAACGGGGACAUGCGCUGCGUUCCCGUGAUCUGGACCACGUUCUGGACGGGCGCGCUCAACGUCAAGGAAAAAGUGGGGAAAUGAACGGGUUCCAGGGCAGCCCACCCCCGGAGUGUCCCGUGGGAAGCGCGUGCUCCAUCGAGGGUCUCCCCCCACUGCCCAAGGGCCUCAGCGGCAUCCUCAACUCCAGCGGCGGCUCCUGGAGGGACAUCGAGAAGGUGUACAGCAAGAAGACCCGCAUCCAGGCGGACAUCAGCAAGUCCCGCGUGAGCGACCCCCUGGGGCGCAGCAAGCCCGCGAGCCUGGACGCGGCGCUCGCCGUCCUCCGUAAGGAAAUGGUGGGUCUCAGGCAGCUGGACAUGUCUCUGCUCUGCCAGCUCUGGUCUCUCUACGAGUCCAUACAGGAGUACAAAGGAGCCUUCCAGGACAUUUCGUCCUCUCUGCUGUCCGAGAGCUCCUUCGCCACCGAGAACGGCUACUCCGAGGAGGAAGAGGAGGACGAGGACGAAAACGAUGCCGAAGAGGAGUCGCGGGGUCCGGCCGGAACUUCGCUUUCGCUCCCACAACCGGCCCAGAACUCCCGAGACCAGUGGAUCAAGGAGUCCUUCCACAUUCCCUUAUAGAGACGCUGGCUGUACCGCGGCGCGUCGUCGCGCACGUGUACGGGCCUCUAGUUACACUGUGGCGUCUCGUUCGCUUGGUGCAUUUUCAUACAGCGGCACGUUUCACUAAAUUGCUUUACACAGGAAGGGCAGCAUUUCUUUUGAAGGCUUUUGAAGGUUCAGCAGCUUUAGUUGACCUUUGCAAAAAAAAAAAAGAAACAACCUUUAAAUUAUUGACUUUUUGGCCAAAGUGAACUUGUAUAUAUUUAAAGUAUAAUACACAUACAAAAUUUAGCCCAUUGUAAAGUUUAACUUUAUGAAAUAUUUCAUGUAAUUUAAGUAUUUAAGUUUUUUAAUACAACAUCUCUGUAUCUUUCUUUUACACUUUGAAUUUAAUUAUUCACCCUGGAUUUUUUGUAAAUAAAUGUUUCUAAUGUACACUACUAUUCAAAGUUA